AUGAAAAUCAAUUACACGUUACUGCCAUUAAAAGCACAUUAUUUCUUUUUCUGGGGAGCUACGGGCGCUAUUUUUCCAUUUCUAUCAGUAUACGGUAAACAGCUUGGUAUUUCACCAUUAAUAAUGGGUAGCAUCGGUGCUAUUUUACCUAUUUUAUUUAUGAUUGCUAAACCAAUUUUUGGUUUUAUCAUGGAUUAUUUUCAAACCCAGAAAAAAUUGAUCUUUAUGGCUUUAAUCACCAUUUCAAGCAGUUGCUAUAUUUUAAUAUAUUUUUUACCCUCAUCACCGGGACCAAUUGUAUUGGAUCAUCAGUUUCAAAACGUUUCAUGUGCAUAUUUACCAUUUUGUGGCAUAGAUUCUAAUUUCCCAACAGCAUUAUGUGAGAAUACGAGAAACAUUACGUGUCACUGGAUAUGCAAGGAUACAAAUCUUUCCGUACCAUUAUCUUUCCAGUAUGCAGCUGGAAAGGAAGUAGUUAUUUCACCAAAUACUAGCUGUUUAAUAAAUAUUAAUGAUACAUUAUUGUGUCAAAAAGAAUUCAAAGAUAAUUAUAAUUGCAAUGUUAUCUGUGAUAAUUUUGAAAAUAAUCAUUAUUUGUAUACAUCCAUUACGUUCUGGGGAUUCGUCCUUUUAAUGGCUCUUGGGAGUACAGGUACUUCUGUUUCUUUCACUUUGACCAGCGCAAUCUGUUUCGAGAUAUUAGGUAAAGGUGAGGAAAUGAAAUAUGGUAGGCAGCAUGUAUGGGGUGACAUCGGUCUCGGUUUGGCAGGAUUUUUAACUGGAUAUACAAUCGAUGUAUGGUCUCAAGGAAAGAUUUACAAAACUUAUACAUCAGCGUUUCUUCUUGUGUUUAUAUUCACUUGUAUAGAUUUGAUUUGCUGCAAAAAACUGAAGUUGCCAAUUAUAUCAAGAUCGUCACAUAUAUUUACAGAUGUAUGUACGCUUUUAAAAUUCAAAUCUACUGUUAUAUUUUUGUUUUUUGAUACCAUUUGCGGCGCCUUUGAUGGUUACAUGCUUUCCUUUAUGUUUUGGUAUGAAGAAGAUCUUGCUAUAAAAACCGGUUACAUGGACAAAAUUAAAUUAAUAGAAGGUAUAACAAUAGCCACAGAAGCUUUCAGUUGUGCGAUAUUCAUGCAUUUAUCCGGUAAGAUAUUGGAAAAAUUAGGAUAUGGUUAUACUUUUACUCUUUUUCUCGUAUUUUAUUCCCUACGGCUGGGAUUAAUAUCUGUAGUACCAACACCAUGGUGGAUAGUUCCAAUAGAAUUUUUAACAAUAGGACCAUCAUAUAUACUUUGCCACGUAACAUCAGUAGCGUACGCAAAUGUAAUAUCGUCAUCCAAUGUAUCUAUUUCUAUUCAAGGAAUUAUAUCAGGAAUGAAAGAUGGUUUCGGUCGCUCUAUUGGUAGUUUGGUUGGAAGUAUAUUCUUGAAAAAAUUUGGUGGUGCGUUGACUCUACAAAUAUUUUCAAUAUUUGCAGCAUUUUGUUCGCUAGUGUAUCUUCUACUUUACCUUACAUACUUAAAACAUGAAAUACCAGGUACACAAAAUAAUGUUGAAUGGAAAAAACCUGAUGAUGCACGGAAACAUUGUGUUGUAGCAGAAUGA